GAGGGCGGGGUCGGAGCUUUCGAUUAGUUGUCGCUGCCUUUGGGGAAGGUAAAGCAGUGACGGUGGUCGCCGGAGCAGAGGCUUCCCGGUCUUGGAGGUGGGAGACGCGGUGGGGGACUCAUUCACUACUUCACUGUUAGAACAGAUGCGAGAAAGUUCCUGCCACACAUUGAGGAUUUCUUCCUUUGCACGUAUUUUCCCCCUGCUUACUGCAUAACUUUCUUGGAAUUUCCUUUUUUGGUGCCAUGUUCUGUGGCUUACAUCAAAAGAGGAGUUUGUCUUCAUGAAGAUUCCUAACAUUGGUAAUGUGAUGAAUAAAUUUGAGAUCCUUGGGGUUGUAGGUGAAGGAGCCUAUGGAGUUGUACUUAAAUGCAGACACAAGGAAACACAUGAAAUUGUGGCAAUCAAGAAAUUCAAGGACAGUGAAGAAAAUGAAGAAGUCAAGGAAACGACUUUGCGAGAGCUUAAAAUGCUUCGCACGCUCAAACAGGAAAACAUUGUGGAGCUGAAGGAAGCCUUUCGUCGGAGAGGGAAACUGUACCUGGUGUUUGAAUAUGUUGAGAAAAAUAUGCUUGAAUUGCUGGAAGAGAUGCCAAAUGGAGUUCCACCUGAAAAAGUGAAAAGCUAUAUCUAUCAACUAAUUAAAGCUAUUCACUGGUGCCAUAAGAAUGACAUUGUCCACAGAGAUAUAAAGCCUGAAAAUCUCUUAAUCAGCCAUAAUGAUGUCCUGAAACUAUGUGACUUUGGUUUUGCUCGGAAUCUCUCAGAGGGCAAUAAUGCUAAUUACACGGAGUAUGUGGCUACCAGGUGGUACCGAUCCCCAGAACUCUUACUUGGAGCUCCCUAUGGGAAGUCCGUGGACAUGUGGUCAGUGGGCUGUAUUCUUGGGGAGCUUAGCGAUGGACAGCCCUUAUUUCCUGGAGAAAGUGAAAUUGACCAACUUUUUACCAUUCAGAAGGUGCUAGGACCACUUCCAUCUGAGCAGAUGAAGCUCUUCUAUAGUAAUCCUCGCUUCCAUGGGCUUCGGUUUCCAGCUGUAAACCAUCCUCAGUCAUUGGAGAGAAGAUACCUUGGAAUUUUAAACAGUGUUUUGCUUGACCUAAUGAAGAACUUACUGAAGUUGGAUCCAGCUGACAGAUACUUGACAGAGCAGUGUUUGAAUCAUCCUACAUUUCAAACCCAGAGACUUUUGGAUCGUUCUCCCUCAAGGUCAACAAAAAGGAAACCUUACCAUGUGGAAAGCAGCACAUUGUCUAAUAGAAACCAAUCCAGCAAAGGUGCCGCUUUACAGACUCACCACAGAUCAAACAGCAAGGACAUUCAAAACCUAAGUGUGGGUCUGCCCCGUGCUGAGGAAGGCCUUCCUGCAAAUGAAAGCUUCCUUAAUGGAAACCUUGCUGGAGCUACUCUUAGUCCAAUGCAUACCAAAACCUACCAAGCAAGCACCCAGCCUGGGUCUGCCAGCAAAGAUCUUACCAACAACAACAUACCACACCUUCUUAGCCCGAAAGAAGCCAAGUCCAAAACAGAGUUUGACUUUAAUAUUGACCCAAAGCCUUCAGAAGGACCAGGCACAAAGUACCUCAAGUCCAGCAGCAGAUCCCAGCAGAACCGGCACUCAUUCAUGGAAAGCUCUCAGAGCAAAGCUGGGACACUGCAGCCUAGUGAGAAACAGAGCCGGCACAGCUAUAUCGACACUAUUCCGCAGUCCUCCAGGAGCCCCUCCUACAGGACCAAGGCCAAAAGCCACGGGGCUUUGAGUGACUCCAAGUCUGUGAGCAACCUUUCUGAAGCCAGGGCCCAAAUCACAGAGACUAAUACCAGUAGGUACUUCCCAUCCAGUUGCUUGGACUUGAACUCUCCCGCCAGCCCAACCCCCACCAGGCACAGUGACACGAGAACUUUGCUCAGCCCUUCAGGGAGAAAUAACCGAAAUGAGGGCACUCUGGACUCUCGCCGAACGGUGACCAGGCACUCAAAAACGAUGGAAGAGUUGAAGCUGCCUGAGCACAUGGACGGCAGCCAUUCUCACUCGCUGUCGGCACCUCAUGAAUCCUUUUCUUAUGGGCUAGGCUACACCAGCCCCUUCUCCUCUCAGCAGCGUCCUCAUAGGCAUUCCAUGUAUGUGACCCGGGACAAAGUGAGAGCCAAAGGCCUUGACGGAAACUUGAGUAUAGGGCAAGGGAUGGCGGCCAGAGCCAACAGCCUGCAACUCUUAUCACCCCAGCCUGGAGAACAGCUCCCUCCAGAGAUGACUGUGGCAAGACCUUCUGUUAAAGACUCCUCCCGGGAAGGCACCUCUUCAUUCCACACUCGUCAGAAGUCUGAGGGUGGAGUGUAUCAUGACCCACACUCUGAUGAUGGUACAGCCCCCAAAGAAAAUCGACAUCUGUACAAUGAUCCUGUCCCAAGGAGAGUUGGUAGCUUUUAUAGAGUGCCAUCUCCACGACCAGACAAUUCUUUCCAUGAAAAUAAUGUGUCAACCCGAGUUUCUUCUCUGCCAUCUGAAAGCAGUUCUGGAACCAAUCACUCAAAAAGACAACCAGGAUUUGAUCCAUGGAAAAGUCCAGAAAAUAUUAGUCAUUCUGAUCAACUCAAAGAAAAGGAGAAGCAAGGUUUUUUUAGGUCAAUGAAAAAGAAAAAGAAGAAAUCUCAAACAGUGCCCAACACUGAUGGUCCAGAUCUUCUGACCUUACAGAAAGCCAUUCAUUCUGCUAGCACUUCAAGCAGCAGACCAAAGGAGUGGCGGCCUGAGAAGCUUGCAGAUCUUCAGACUCAGAGCCAACCAUUAAAAUCACUGCGCAAGCUGUUACAUCUCUCUUCAUCAUCCAAUCACCCAGCUUCCUCAGAUCCCCGCUUCCAGCCUUUAACAGCUCAACAGACCAAAAAUUCCUUCUCAGAAAUUCGGAUUCACCCCCUGAGCCAGGCCUCUGGUGGAAGCAGCAACAUCCGGCAGGAGCCUACACCAAAGGGCAGGCCAGCCCUUCAGCUGCCAGGUCAGAUGGAUCCUGGUUGGCAUGUAUCCUCUGUAACCAGGAGUGCCACUGAAGGGCCUUCCUACUCUGAACAGCUGGGUUCCAAGAGUGGGCCAAAUGGGCACCCUUAUAACAGAACAAAUCGCUCACGAAUACCAAAUCUGAACGAUUUAAAAGAGACAGCCUUGUAAUUUGUGCUGGGGUAGGUGGAGGGGAGACAAGCCAGUUGGGAGGGGAGGGUGUAGGGUGGGCUGGGGAAUGGGCUGGGCCAGGGUAGUAAGCCAGUAUUUUCAGCUUUAUGAAGGUGUGUGCAAUAUUGUGUGUGGAGGGGGUGCCAUCUGGCUCCUCCCAACCACAAAUGCUAGUCAGGGAUAUUAGAGCCACGGGAGUUCCUUAGGGAUCACCACUCCCCACAGAUCUUGUAUGAGAAUGGAUAGAGUGUGCCAUUGAGGAAGAAGAAAUUCUUGCCAGUUUCUCCCCCUUACAUUCCAGCUUUAGUGCAAUCCUUAUUGAACUUGGGGAAACCAGGACAAGUCCUGACUGCAAGGCAUAGAAAAAUUCAUAUUGACCGAUGCCCUUACCACGUAUUUUUUUCUGCCUAGACCAGAUAUGGGGUUUAUUGUAAUCUAGAAGUAUCCCUUUCAAGGGUUAGCAGAUGAACUGUAUGUCUUAAAUUGUUUUCUAAGCUUCCAUAUUUGAUAGGAUUUGUAACAUUUAUUUAUAAUUAAUAUUGUACUGUUAUAAUCAUACCUUUUAUGUUAUAAUGUAAAGUUAUUUUGAGCUGUUUGGAACAUUGUGAAGCAGUGGGACAGCUACAGUAGUUUCUAUAAAAACUAAACAGUAACAUUUAUAUAUUGCAUCAGGAGUAUUUUAUUCUCUAUAUAAAUAUAUAUAUAUAUGGUAAAUAACUGUCUGUUUUAUAAAUAUAUUCAUUUAAAGAAAGUAUCGUUAUGACACUAUCUGCCAUAUUUUUAUACAUUUGUGAUAUGAAGUGAGUAUUAUACUUCUAAUAAAGGGAGUUGAAUUGUGGCUACAUGUGAUUGUAACAGUAUGAACUUUUGCUCAACUUCUCAGCCCCAGCAGUAGCCUCUACACAUGAUCCUUGGUAGUAGACAAAUGCAGCAUCUCUUUCCAGACCCACAGGGGAAGAAGGUUGGAUAGGCCAGUAAGGAUCCAGCAGGCCUCUCGUCUGUCCUCACACACUUGGCUCUCGUUUGUGUCCAGGGACUUUUAACUCGCGCACAAGAAGAAGAUAGACAGAGGUGUUGCUCAUGGGUCUUUGCAGAGAGAAUGUGCUCUUCCACUUAGCGUUAGUGUUAGGGCGUAGACCAAAGAUUUGCUAGUGAACAUUCCUUGUUGUGUGGUUGUAAGAGGCUCCUGUCUGUGGAUCUUGCAAACCAGCUCUAUGCUCCUGAAUGCUGUCCGCCCUCCUGGAGACUCUUGACUCCAGUUGGGGUAUGAGAUACGUGUAUGGCAUUUCUAUUUCUAAAUGCUUGUUGUUGUUGUUGUUGUUGCUGUUGUUGCUCCUCUAAUAUAUUUAAAAGGCUCCUGAAGCAAUUCCAGAUGUAGAGAAAAUUACUAUAUCUGUUUUUUCUUCCUGGGACUGUCCAUUUAUAACAAGGUCACCAUGCACACCUGUAUAUAUACACACCCCAUCCAUCAGAGCAAGACCUAUCUUUCCCUCAUUUGAUCACUUUUAACUCUCGACUUACUCCCAAGUAUCAUCAAGGCCUCUGGCCAGCAAGCAUUAUACCCCCAUGUCUUUGGGCCAUCCUUGAUAAAAAUCACCUCGACGCCAUCAUCUAUCAGUAGUCAUAGAUUUUUGAAAAGUAGUCUCUUAGCAAUAAGACUUUUAGCGAUUCCCUUCCACCCCUCAAAGAGGUAACUUCAGUAUUUAUUACUUGUUCCUGAAUUCUGAGAAUGUCAGUCCCCAAAUAAAGUCAGCUAUCACUGAAAUAUGCUGAGUUUACGGUUAACCCUUCCCCAAGAUUUUGAGAUUCAUAGCACUGAUGAUUAUGAGGAUUAUAAAGAUAAAGGUCUUAGAUUCUUUGAAGCUUAAAUUAUGUGCAUAUUGCAUAUUUAUAUAAAUACUAUAAUGAUGUAUAUUGAUUAUAUAUAGAAGUCAUUUUAAGGUGCUUUUAUUUAAUUUUAAUAAGUGUAAUAGGCACUAAAAUGAAACUCAACUGGGUACUAUCAUGGAAACAAUUCAAUUCGUUUGCAUGCUCUUGAGUUCUUUUCUUAUCUCGUUUCUGUUACCAGUCCAGUACUGUCUGGGUAGCUCUGAAUUCUGGCUUUUCCCAGGCAGUUGCUUGAUUAUCCAAGUGAGGUAGACCCUCAACAUUUUUUGUCUGGAUAUAGUGACUCUAAAAAUGUGUAUAUUUAACUUAAAUACUAUAUAUAUAUAUACACACACACACACACACACACACACACACACACACCUUGUAUCCCCACCCCCCUUGCAAACCAGAAACUACAUUUUUUUUUUCCUCUGGAAAGACUUCUCACUGUGCUGUGCGCUUAGGAACUGCGCAGUCCCAUUGCCAUGCUGUGGCAUUCAAGACAUCUAGGGGCUGGUUUCCCAUGUUGUCAUCUUUGCUAACACUGGGAUCUCAGAUGUUUGCAGAACAUUCAUACCGGUGAUGGUUCUUCAAAGAAGGGCUAGAAUAAUUGCCUUCUACCUAGAGCAAACUAAUCCUAACUGAUGAAGUCAAUUCUUACUUUUCCUACAUUCCCAGAUUUGAGCCAGAAAAUAGCUACAGUAUUUUCAACUAGUGUUUCUGAGGUAGCUCUUUUAUCCUCUUCUCAGCUCUUGUCUGUUCUAACUUUUUCUCAAUCCUCAAUAAGCUGUAAGUGAAUCUACAAUCCCAUGCAUUCUCUUCCUGCUCACAGAGGGGGGCAGUAACAUUUUCUCUCAGAUCUAGUGGGCCCUCUCUUAGCUUUUAACUGUUGCUUUCCCCUCUGGUUAGUCAAUCAUUGCCCUCACAGAAAUGCCAUCCAUGGCAAGAAGGACUUGACUUAAAGUCAUGAAAAACUGCAUCUUCUUUAGGAAGUGGAAUUUAUGACAUCCAUAUUCUAUUAUCUGCCCGAACAUCCUAAAGGACACAAAGGUUGAAUGAAGGCUUAUGAAUUUAUUUGUUUCAUUAAAUUAUCGCCGAUCUCCUUGGCUUCACUCUUUUUCUACUUUUACUUUUCUGUCAUAUGUUUUCUUCUCUGAAAUUCUAAGUAAACUAACUGAGGCUUGUUCAGUCUUAACUGAAGUUUAGGCCUCUCUCCAGAGCCCAAGUCCAGAAGAGCGUGCCAAUGCCAAGAGGCUCAAGUGAGCUGUCUCUAGAGCAUUGCUUCUCAGACAAGGGGAAUUUUGUCCCUCAGGAUACAUUUGGCAAUGUCUAGAGACAUUUCACUGUCAUGGGAUGAGGGCUGCUACGAGCAUCUAGUGGGUAGAGGCUAGGGAUGUCCUUAAACAUCUUCCAGUACACAGGACAGUAUCCCAACAAAGAGUGUUUCAGCCCCCAACUAGUGCUCAGCUUGAAAAGCCCUCUAACAGCAUUCCAGGCCUGGCACUCAAGAGAGCUUGCCUCUGGCCUCAGGCUUUCCAGGCUGCAGAGCUGCAGGAGCAAAUCCUUCAAUGUCUCAUUCUCUUUAAGAAUCUUCUACCACUGUUCUUGAAUCCUUGCAAUCCUGUUGUUUAUUUCCAUUGUUUCGGGCCUGCUAAAAGGUGCAUACUUUUGGAGGAAACCAGAGUUACUUUAUAUAUGUUUGAGAACUUAAAUUCUAGGUUAGCAUCCUUAGAAAAUCUUUCAUAGAGCCACAGGGCUUAUAUUUAGAAGCAAGCAACAGCCUGGCAGAUUGGCAUGAUUUUUACCAACUGCUCAAAGGCAUCCACUGGCUUUUAGCUGUGUCUACUGAAAGAAAAUGUCUUUGUUUUUUAUUCAAGUAAUUUAAUAGCUCUUUACAAAUAUUAGCAUAUGGCAGACUGAUUAGAAGCAAAACUCUUUAUUGGUGGUUGUGAUGUGGCUAUUCUAGAAGUAGUUGUACUGUAUGCUUUGGUUAAAUCUGUUUUAAAACAUGCUUUAAGACUCAACCAUAUGCAGUUGUAUACUUUAAUUCUAAGCUCAGAGCUAUGCCGGUCAGUCUGUAGUCACACUGUGUAUUAUAAAGUAUGUUGUGGUUGUAGAGUUAGCCAGUUUAGCAUGUUCCUAAUCAGAAAAUGAGUGGACCACACUAGGAAAUGCUGCCCAUUUUCCCUUCCCAGCACCUCUUAGUUGAUAUCAUAGUAUCUUCACUCCUUAAACUAGUCUUUAGAGUAAAUAAGGAAAAAAGCCAUUUCGUUUCUUCUAGCCAUGUAUUGAGAGUGACUCAUAUGUGUACAAUUUUUUUAAAGGCCAGAGGAUUACUUUUCCAGUGUGUAGAAGGCUUUGUCCAUUCUGUUCGCCUCAGUCCCAGUGGCGACAGAACUUUUAGUGAGGGCAGGAAGUAGCUCAUUGCAAGUCACUGUUGGGGGCCAACUGGGACUCAGCAAAACUGCAGUCUCUCAUGCUCAGAACCUGUGUUCUGGAGAGCACUGCUUUUGUAUCUAGAGGUUCUUUGCCUCCUACAUUGGAGUGGGCUAGUGAACUCCACUGUGUGGGUACUAUGAUCCACAGUCUCUGACUUCUGUGAACUGGUAAUGUGGUAUGUUUAUCUAAUCCAAAUCACAAAACAGUGGAAUAUUUCCUUGCCUUGUUCAGUUCCUCACUAAUAAAAGUUCAUCAAAACUCAUUUAUGAUCUAAGAAAUAAUAUUUCUGGUUUCUUUGAAAGGAACUGCGGAAAAGAGUACAAUAUCACUAAUCCCCAAGACCAGAAUCUUACAAAAAGAUCUCUACCAAAUUUUAAAAGGCCAGCUUACCAGAAAAUACAAAACAACAGCAACAAAAAUCCCCAGGCUUGUAAGCGGUUACAGUUUCCCCCCUUGCUUCUUGACCAGCUGAGACAUAGACUAUCUGGAGGUCUGGUUCAUCUGAAUUACAAAAAUUCUGUUUUGGAAACCAUGAAUAAGGAGCCAUGCAAGAAAAUGAAGCUCUGUGAGAACCAGACGUGGGGAGCAACCAGGUGGCUAGUAAACUCUAGGCCUACUGCCCAAGCUAUACUUUUGAAUUUUUUAAAAUUGAAUGUACUAUACAAGAUGGUAAACUAUUGUGCUAGCCAGUUACUUACAUAAAUCGUCAUUGUCCACAGUGCUUUGAUAAAUCAUCAGCAUUUGGCCUGGUCCCUAUUCCAUCUUUCUUCUCUCCAGGCACAACCCACCUUUCUUUGUAUUUACUGUAGGCUGUUAAACAUGAUCCUGACCUGCCUUGUGUUUCUAUUCAUCAACUGUUCAGUCCCCCAUUUAAGGGAGGGUUGUCUCUUGUUUGGCCAGAAUUUUUUUUUUCUUUGUCAUAGUCUGCAGGCUGGAUUUAUAGGGCCAGCAGAAGUGCGGGAGUGAACCUGGUUUCACCUCUAAGGCCCUUCAUUUCUCACAGGGUAAGCUCUCUACACCCCUUUUGAUCCUCCAGUCUAGUUGGUCCUCCUUGGGAAUCUGAAAUCAGUCUCUGUGUUGUAUGCAGAUUAGAAGUUGCCUUGUUCGCUGCUCUUUCCAGGCAGAGUAUCAGGGAGAAAGAGGCCUUAUCUGUCCCUCCGUGUCCCCUCCAUUUUGGCAGACCGCUGAGAAUCCCUCAGGACUUCCUUUGGUUGGGGAUUUCCCUUCCCAGAAGGCUGAUGUGAUUCAUUUCAUGCGUAGACAAGCUUGUCCUAGUGCUGUGCUUCAGGUCUAAUCAGAAGAAACCCAGGAAUUGAAAAGGUAGAUGCCUUGACUUUUGUCCCUGCUGGGGGAUUAAAGUGUUUAUUGCCAGAAUCAUCAAAAGCACCAGUUAAACUCGGUAGAGUUUCCUGAGAAAGAUGAUGCUUUUCCUUCUGGAGAAUGUUAAAUUCUCCACUCCAGCUUCGGUUUUUCAAAAUGGAAAGUAAAGCUGGCAGAAAAUCCAUUUUCCCUAGGGAUAAACAAUGGGUUCUAGUCACUAGUCUCUCUCCCUCUCCUUGUUUACUCUUUGGUCACUGAUGGAGUCAGGCUGGGGGUAGGGGUGUGAUGUGGUGAUAGAAAGAAAUAAAUUCUCACUGUAGUGUAAACUUGCAUUGAUGAACAGAUAACAAGCCAAACAAAAUAGUUGCCCCAGAUUCCUAUCUCCAAGAAUUGUUUCAUGUGUUCUGAAUUCAGGUAGUUAUUCUGUAUAUACUUAGACAACUGUUCAGAACUUCUUCAGUCUUUAAUAAGUUUGAAGGAGGUAUUCUGGGAAGACACAGAGCAGGGUGGCAUUGAUACCCUGUUCAUUCUUAAAAAUAGAAAUAGGGAUAAGCCAGAGGGAUAGGACAGCCAAUGUGUAGUAGAUGAAGAAUCAGUGGAAAUUCUUAAUUGCACAGACUUUAUAAUCCAUUAUAUAAAGUGUAAUUCCAUACUUUUUACUGUGUGGCAAGGGUAUGAUGUGGUUGUUAAUCUUUUUAAUUUUUGAAUCCAAACUGAAUUUAAAGCGUUGAAUACUUCAAUUCCUCACAAGCUAAUUAUGAACCAUUUGUAAGGUGUUUCUAUAACUCUUUGUAUCAUGUGUUGGUACAUCUUAUCAAGUUUUUUCUGGCAUGUAUUCCAUUCUAAACUUCUGUAAAAUUUCUAUUGUUGCUGUACAUAUUAUACAAAUAUCUACUCUGUGGUAACCUUCAUUAUCAGCAUGAAAUGGUUAAUUUUUACUGAGCACAAUGUAUUUUUGAAUGGAUCUUCCCAAAUGUCUUUAAUAAAAUGCAGAUUUUGCACUGACUGAUGUGACUGCCAGGCCUUCCCAAUCUUGAAUGCCUUGGCCCUUCUUGCCUUUGAACAGCAAGUAGCUCCAUUUUAAUUCUUUCUUUGUGAAAAAGAAUGCAUUUGAAUUCAAAUGAGGGGCAAUGGGCCUUUGAAGUUGUAAUCAGUUGAAAGGAGAGAAAUUAAUGUAAAGCCAAGCAAAUCCUGUUACUUAAUGAUUUUUUUUAUUUAUAAAGUUCUUUUCCCCUUA